AUGAAAAACUUCCCCGUAUUCGUGUUUCCAGUUUCUUUAGAAUUUUAUUUAAAUGCUCGACACACUCAUAAACAGCUAUUGACUGUGUACAAUCCUUACGAUUUUUCAGUUAAUUUUAAAGUAUUAUGCACUUCUCCGAACAAGUUCACAGUGAUCGAUCCCGAGGGUGUGAUAUCCCCCCAAAGCUGUAUAGAUAUAGUAGUUCGUUACACACAACCGUCUGUCGCCCAUUGCGACACCAUAGAAAAGUUCAGGAUAACAAUGUACGACAAAAAUACCCAGCAGGCACUGGGGAAACGAGAUAUACUAACAAAACUCAUUGAAGGCGAACCUACAAAUGUAAAUCUAGAAAAUAUAGGUGAUAGUUUUCACCCUUUAGUGACACGCAUAGCUCCAAUGAGAUCAAUUGAAGAAAGUACCAAAGUCACAUGUCAGCGCUCCCUACAUCACAGAGAACAACAACCAGUAAACGUAGUCGCAAUUGCAGUUAGUAUAUGUUGUAUUGCAGCACUCAUACUACCCACGCAACCAGAACAGGUCAUCAAAUCACAGUGGCCAGACUGGCUUCACAUCGGAUCAAACCUUAAGCUGGUUUUCUCUUUCGUUCUUGGACUUGUUUGCAUGCUUGUAUUACGACCAUAA